GGACGAGCAGAUUCUUAUCGGGCUUUUAUCGGUCCAAAAAGGGCUUAGCGAGGGGCAUGCGGCAGAAUUUUUUGGUAGACCGCUUCCCAAACCUCCCCGGCUCCCCCGCCGCGCAACCAUCACGCCAGGAUACUAUCGGGUUACAUGAGACUCUAGGGUAGCUACUCUAAGUGAAUACUUUCGCCUUAAGUUCUUCCGAUUUCGUCGGAUAUUAUACGAAUCGCCAUCAUAUAAAUAGGUAUGGCGAAAAAGCGGGCAAGAGAGGCCGACGGUGCUACCGAAGCACCGGACAAGAUGGUGGAGGAUAGCGAUAGCUCGGAUGACGAGGACUUCGACAUGGUUAAUGUCGACUUUGAGUGGUUCAAUUUCAAUGAGAAGGUCGAUUUCCACGGCAUGAAGAAUUUAAUACGGCAGCUCUUCGAUGUCGAUGCGACCCUCUUUGAUGUGUCAGCGCUCGUGGAUCUUAUCCUAUCUCAAUCAACCAUCGGCUCUACUGUCAAGACCGAUGGUGAGGAGUCCGAUCCCUUCGCCUUUGUCACUGCUCUGAAUAUCCAGGAGCACCGCCAGAAGCAGCCCAUAGCCCAACUCAUCGAGUAUCUAAGUGAAAAGGCCAAGGCCACUGAGUCACUGGCGCCCAUACCGGAACUCUUGGCUUCGGGCAAACAUGUCGGACUUGUAUUGUCCGAACGAGUGAUCAACAUGCCUUCCGAUGUAGCACCACCGUUGUACAGUAUGCUCAUGGAGGAAAUCCAGGAUGCCGUCGACGAUAAGGAGCCGUACGAGUUUACGCACUAUUUGAUCGUUUCCAAGACAUACCAUGAGAUCGAAUCAACCCUAGCCGAAGAGAGGAAAAAGAAGAAAGGCAGGCAGGACGCUACGCUAUUCUAUUUCCAUGAGGAAGAUGAGGUCCUGCAGAAACAUGCCAUAGCAUAUGGCAGCUACCCAUUCACUAAGAUGGAUGACACCGUGGCAGAUAGUAAACGGGCAUUUCAAGAGAUGGGUGUCAUGCCCAUGGGCUCUAUGAUCUUGAUUGAAGCUAGCAAAUUCGCAGGCGCCGUCAAGGCGGUAGGAGAAUAUCUAAACCCUCCAUCGUGAAGGGAUCACCAAAUAAGGGGAAAAAAGAUAAAGGUUUAUUUUGUCUUCCACUCCGUCAAUGCCAC